UGUUCGAUCGCCGCACAGAAGGUGGAGUCUCCUUAGGUUGGACGUAGGGACACAUCCGGGCGGGUUUUCUCUGCGGCAUUUGAAACGUUCUUAGAUAAAUCGUUGUUUUACAUUUUAUUAAUAAGCCUCUAUAAGUACUGUUACAGAAGACAGGUCGGUAGCUUCGAAAUUCCAUACAGGGAGGAGAGACUGGCGCUGGGCCAGUGGCGGACGUCAUGAAGCUCACGGACAAUGUGCUGCGGAGUUUUCGUGUGGCGAAGGUGUUCCGGGAGAACUCGGACAAAAUCAACUGCUUCGACUUCAGCUCGAAUGGCGAGACCGUUAUUUCGAGCAGCGACGACGACUCCAUCGUCCUAUACGACUGCCAGGAGGGAAAGCCCAAACGGACCCUGUACAGUAAGAAGUAUGGAGUGGAUCUAAUUCGUUACACGCAUGCAGCCAACACAGUGGUCUACAGCUCCAAUAAAAUCGAUGAUACUAUACGAUACCUCUCUCUGCAUGACAACAAGUAUAUCCGAUACUUCCCUGGACACAGCAAAAGAGUUGUGGCACUCUCUAUGUCUCCUGUAGAUGACACCUUCAUUUCAGGCUCCAUGGACAAAACUAUUCGGCUGUGGGACCUCCGAUCACCAAAUUGCCAGGGUCUGAUGCACUUACAAGGGAAGCCGGUGUGCUCCUUUGACCCAGAGGGGCUGAUUUUUGCCGCAGGAGUGAACUCAGAAAUGGUGAAGCUGUAUGAUCUUCGAUCAUUCGAUAAGGGUCCCUUCGCUACUUUUAAGCUGCCCAUAGACAGAAACUGUGAGUGGACUGGCCUCAAGUUCAGCAAUGAUGGCAAGCUGAUCCUGGUCUCCACGAAUGGAGGUACCCUCCGUGUUCUUGAUGCAUUCAAAGGAGCUGUGCUGCACUGCUUUGGGGGCUACAACAAUAGUAAAGGGGUCACCCUUGAAGCCUCCUUCACUCCAGAUUCCCAGUUCAUUAUGAUAGGUUCGGAGGACGGCAAGAUUCAUGUGUGGAAUGCAGAGAGUGGCAUGAAAGUGGCCGUGCUCGACGGAAAGCACACAGGGCCAGUGACCUGUCUACAGUUCAACCCCAAAUUCAUGACUUUUGCAAGUGCUUGUUCCAACAUGGCGUUUUGGUUGCCCACUAUUGAUGACUGAGACUUCUAACCAUAAAGCAGCUGCGUUACAAUGUGCGGCAAUACCAUCGGGAAUUUUCUUCAACACCAGCGUGGGGCAGUGUACUUCUUUCUUACCAUGUCUGGGGUUUGAAGAUUGACUGACUAAACCUAAUAAGGCUUGUAAAUAAGGAGAACAAUGAGAAUGUUUUUUACCGUGUUGAUUAAAAUGUUCUGUUUUUACAUGAGCGUAUUUUUUUUUCUUUUUUUUGCAGCAAGUUAUGGCGGUAGUUCAGUCUGAGUAUGUUGAGUAUUACUGUCUUGAUGUGUUCCACGCAGAUGAAUGCGAGUGGACUUGGUGUUUAUUUCUGUUGGAAGUGCAAAAGAAACGGUGGAACAAAAAA